AUGCUUUACCUGUUUGCUAAGUAUUAUGUCAGUGGUGCCGGAAAAACAACACUUCUAAACGUGUUAACAUCGAGAAAUCUAACUGGUUUGGACGUAGAUGGUAAAGUUACUGUAGAUGGACGGAGCAUCAGUAGGUGGAAGUUCAAAGAGAUCUCUGCAUUUGUUCAACAAAAUGAUAUGUUCAUCGGCACAAUGACAGCUAGAGAGCAUCUGCUAUUUAUGGUAAGCAGCUUGAACAAGUUUUCUCUACCUUACAAAAAAAAAAUAAGGCUAAUUUGGUUUCAGGCCCGCUUACGAAUGGGGUCAAACUAUACAACCAUGGAACAGAAUCUGCGAGUGGAGGAUAUUAUAAGAACGGUUCUUAAAAUAUAUUUGAAAAUUUUAAUGGGUCUAACCAACUGCGCGGACACAAUCAUCGGUAUCCCAAACUCUGCGAAAGGCUUAUCUUGUGGUGAAAUGAAAAGGCUAGCAUUUGCUUCUGAGUUUAUGAUUACUAAAUUGCAAGCCAAGCAAUUAGGGUUAUAUGGUCCUGUAAGACCAAAACGAUUUUUGCUAUUAAUUAUCAUAGCUGUUUGCCUAAUGGCUUGCGGAAGAAUUAUCUAUCUUGGCCCAACAGAAGAUGCCAAUCCGCUUUUUGAAAGAUGUGGAUAUCCAUGCCCCAACUACUAUAACCCUGCGGAUCACCUCAUUCGAACUUUAGCCGUGAUAAGCGGACAGAAGAGCACAUGCCUCCGUACGAUUUCGAAAAUCCGACAGGGAUUUCUAGAAACUGCUCAAGGGAAAAGGAUUCUUGAAAUUGGAAAAAAUCAGGUAAGUUAGGA